AUGCCUUCGUCUAUUACCUUUUCCACCGCCCACACCACCAAGGGUACCAACUCUAUCUACACCCGCCCUCAGAAGAAGCAGAAAAUGAGCAUCACUCAGACCUACUUCCUCGCUCACAGUGCUCGCGGUAAGCUCUCCAAGGAGGCUGCCCGACCUGACCACGACCUUCGCCUGUUGGUUGGACAUGCCAACAUGCUCGACUCGCUCAUGCUCGACCUCUCCCGGGCCGAAAUGGAACAGGAAAACUGGUUCCACAAGACCGUCUCCGGUGCUCACGACGAGGAGGAAGAGGAAGAGGAGACAUCACACGUGGAGACCAUCCAGGAGGAGCCCGAAACCGACGACGAAGAGGCUAUGAUCACUUCGGUCGAGGUCGAGGAUAUGGAGGAGGAUGAUGAGACCGACUCUGAAUUGGCUCUUACCCGCACACCCUCCCGACACUCCCCUCCUGCGCUCACCAUGGAAGUCGACUCGGACUCAGAUGAUGAGAGCAUGCCUCCAUCACCACCUCAGCCAACGAUCGAUGCGCUGAGCGUACAACAACGACAAGCCAUUGCCACUACCUCGUACUACGACACCAAGAACGCCUCAUUAUCACCAGUCGAGAGCGAAACCUUUGAAUCAGAAGGCUUCUAUCUCCCGUCGAGACAACAACCGACCAUAAUCGCUGCCUACUGA